AGCUGUUUGGCCGAGCUCAGGAGCGUACCAAAGAUUUAUUUUCCUCCAUUGGUUUUUCGGGUCAUCAUAUCUGAGUGAACUAUGUGUUGGCAUGGUGACGAGGAGCAUGAGGACAGCUCGGAGAGUGACCCUGAUGGGCUGUCGGUUCUGGAGCAGCUCGGUCUGGACCAGAACACGGAUUUCUCCGAUUCCAGUGUGCAGCAGCUCCUUGACGAGCAGCGCGAAAGGAUCCGCAGAGAGAUUCGUAAGGAGCUAAAAAUCAAGGAGGGAGCUGAGAACCUACGGAGGGCAACGACAGACAAGAGGAACGCACAGCAGGUGGACAGCCAAUUGCGUUCUUCUAACCGCAAGCUGGACAACCUACAUGCUCAGCUGCAGGAACUGGAUGCUCACAUUGUGGUGAAGGGAGGAGAGGACAAUAAAGAUGAGUGUCCACAGUCUCCCGGGGCGGAGAGUCGUACGUCAGCCCACAAGAAACGCAUUGCUGCCCUGGAGAGACAGCUCAACAUCGAGCUCAAAGUCAAACAGGGAGUUGAAAACAUGAUCCCCAUCUACGCUAAUGGAUCCACCAAGGAUAAGAAGAUGCUGCAGACGGCCCAGCAGAUGCUGCAGGACAGUAAGACCAAAAUUGACAUCAUCCGCAUGCAAAUCUGCAAGGCUGUGCAGGCCACCGAGCACAAUGAUGACACACAGGGUAACCAGGACGACUGUGCGAUGGAGCUGCGUAUUGAAGAGCUGAGGCAUCACUACAGGGUGGAGCAUGCUGUCGCUGAGGGGGCCAAAAAUGUGCUUAGGCUCCUGGGGGCCAACAAGGUCCAGGACAAGAAAGCCCUGUCUGAGGCACAGUCUCGUCUGAGCGAGGCGUCUCAGCGGUUAGACCUGCUGAGGGACUCACUGGAUCAUCGUCUGGCAGAGCUGCCGGAGGAUCAUCCCAAGGCCAGCAUCAUCAGAGAGGAGCUAGUCUUGGCCUCCUCCCCUGUCUUCAGCUCCCGCCAUGGCGCCCCCUACCUCCACAACCACUACAGCACCCUCAACAAGCCCUCACCUCUCACUGGUACCUUGCAGGUGCAGCUGCUGGGCUGUGUGGGGGUGUUGGAGGUGGUCCCAGGUCGCAAUAAAGGGACAGCUGUCAUGCUGCCCUGCUACAGCCCCGGAGACACCAGGUCCUUCAUGAGAGGCAGCAAAGGACUCUACGGACGGAGCGGCUCAGUCAGCGGGAAGACACCCAGCAAGACAGACGAGCUCUCCUCCGAGGUGAGCGCCGUGCUGAAGCUGGAAAACAGUGUGGUGGGCCAGACACCUUGGAGGACUGUGGGAGAACAGGCUUGGGACCAGACCUUCACUGUGGAGCUGGAAAGGUCGAGGGAGAUGGAGAUUGCAGUCUACUGGAAGGACUUCCGCUCAUUAUGUGCGCUGAAGUACCUGAAGCUGGAGGAGUUCCUGGACAACCAGAAACACAGAGUUCAGCUGGAGCUGGAGCCUCAGGGCCUGCUGCUGGCCGAGGUGACCUUCUUCAACCCUGUCAUUGAGAGGGCUCCUCGCCUCCAGAGGCAGAAGAAGGUCUUUUCUAAGCAGCAAGGCAAGGCAUUCCUUCGGGCUCGUCAGAUGAACGUGGAUAUCGGGACGUGGGUGAGGCUGCUUCGAAACGCCAUUCCUACUGUCAACAACUCAGGGACCUACAGUCCCAACGCACACAGCCUCCCACUCAACUCUGGGGAGGUCUCAGUGGAGAAGUUGAGUCUGGACGGCGACUCUCCGAUAAGAGGCGAUUACAAGAGAGACAUGGACGCACAAACCCCGGACCAACUGCCAGUCAUCGAGCCCUUCUCCCCCCCAGACCUCACCCCCGAGUGCCCUGUCCGAACCCCAUCUGUUGGCAGUAAGCAGAGGAAAGGCCCUCUGUCUCUCCAGGACUUCAGGCUGAUCGCUGUGUUGGGCAGGGGACACUUUGGAAAGGUGUUGUUGUCAGAAUACAAGAAGACGGGCACAAUGUACGCCAUCAAAGCCCUGAAGAAGGGAGAUAUCGUAGCUCGGGAUGAGGUGGAAAGUCUAAUGUGCGAGAAGCGCAUCUUUGAGGUUGUGAACCUGUCGCACCAUCCCUUCCUCGUCAACUUGUUUGCGUGCUUCCAAACUUCGGAGCAUGUGUGUUUCGUCAUGGAGUACACAGCAGGAGGCGACCUGAUGAUGCACAUCCACACAGACGUCUUUACAGAGCCACGAGCCGUGUUUUAUGCAGCCUGCGUAGUUCUUGGACUUCAGUUCCUCCAUGACCAUAAGAUUGUGUACAGAGACCUCAAGCUUGACAACCUGCUGCUCGACACAGAUGGUUAUGUGAAGAUUGCUGACUUUGGACUGUGUAAAGAAGGAAUGGGCUUCGGGGACCGGACCAGCACGUUCUGUGGGACUCCAGAGUUUUUGGCCCCAGAGGUCCUAACAGACACAUCCUACACCAGGGCGGUAGACUGGUGGGGGCUGGGGGUCCUCAUCUAUGAAAUGUUGGUGGGAGAGUCUCCAUUCCCAGGAGACGAUGAAGAGGAGGUGUUUGACAGCAUUGUGAAUGAUGAAGUCCGCUAUCCACGCUUCUUGUCCACUGAGGCUAUCGGCAUCAUGAGAAGGCUGUUGAGGAGGAAUCCAGAGAGACGACUGGGCUCUGGUGAAAAGGAUGCAGAGGAGGUGAAGAAGCAGCCGUUUUUCAGAAAUGUGGACUGGGAGGCGUUGCUGCAAAGGAAGGUGUCCCCUCCCUUCGUCCCAUCUAUUGUUGGUAAGGAAGACGUCAGCAACUUCGACGAGGAGUUCACCACCGAAGCUCCGACGCUCACGCCUCCACGUGAGCGACGCGUGCUCUCCCGCAAAGACCAGGAGAGCUUCCGGGACUUUGACUACGUCUCUGAUCUCUGCUAGUGGGCCUCACAGGCCGAGAGGAAUGUUCGAUUUUAAAGGCUUCACGACGGUUUCAUCUUAGCGGACCGACGGUCUCAACUGACUGUCCGCUGACUGUUUGUCUGCCGUUAAUUACACUGUGAAUGAAUGCUGAGAGACCGGAGCCAGUCGGUCUGUGUUUUGUGUGUCUGCAGGGUUUUAAAGAUGGAGGACUGAGAAAAUAAAAGCCGGGACAGAUAGCUGAAGGGGAAAAAUGUUGGACAAACGAAGGGCCCCCCCCUCUCCAAUCAUCGUACAACACACCAGUGACUUGUGUAUCUUUACAAACAUUAGCCUUUAAAAUGCCUCCUCCCAUCCUCUUAUGUGUCGGUGUAGUCGCCUGUGCAGCUGUGAGGAGGAGCUGCUGACUGUCUGGGGGGUUGUUUAAUGGCCUCUCAUAUCAAUGCCUUACAUUUAUAUUUUAUCCACAGAAAAGCAUUUUGUUUUUAUUUUGUUGCCCUUUGUAUACAGCAGCAGGAAGAGUGAUCCGAUGCGCUGCAGAAACACUCAACCUAAAAAAAGACGACUUGCUUGCGAGUCGUGAAAUAGUGACGUCACGUUCAGAGUGAAUUUGUCCUCAAAUCUCUCCCAGCAGUCGCGUGAUGACGACCCAUCAGUCAUGCUGACCAAUGCUAGAUGAAUUAUGAGUUAACUACGGGGUAAAGAACCACUUUGUUAAUUUUCUUUGGAUUGUGCUGCUUUGAUUUUAAUUCUGCCACAAACGUUACAACAGCCAUUCUUAAAUUAGUCAUUUUUUAUGACCGUUGACUCCUCGAUGCAUUAUUCAAUACCCACCACAUACUUUUUAAUUGAAAAUAAUGCAUAGUUUGAUAUAAACGGGUGUAGCGGACACAGGAUCACAACCAUCAGCAUAAAAGCAAAAAAAUCUAAACACUAAGACUUGAUGUACAUGUAACAUUAUGGUGUCUGUCCAUUCCGGGUUUGAGACACAUUCAUCCAGUUAUCUACAUGCUACCAGAGUUUUGUGUACAUGAAGUAAGUAAUUUCCCUCCAAGACAUUUAUAUCUGUGUUUAAACUCGACAAACUCUGGCUCUAACCGUUGUUUUAGUGUCUGUUUUAGGAACUAGUCGAUGUGGUCAUUAUGGAUGAAAUCCUCUUUGUUUCAGAUGAAACCGAUUGAUAUCUUAGUGAUUUUGGAAAAUCUGGGCGGUGCCACAAGCAAAACAAACCUCAUGGCCACUGUUCCACAGUAGCGCUCGCUGCAUUGAGCGCUGCCUUAGAUCCGAGCAAACAAGUUAUCUUGGCAAUACAUUUCUAAAUGAACAAUGUCCUUUGAAACACAAUGAUAAAUGUUGAUAAAUAUGAGCCGGUGGUGUAAACUUCUAUAACACUUUACCAUUUCUGAGUACAGGAGAGGUUUGUUGUGAAGCUGUAUGUAUGAUGGUGUGGAUUUUACUUAUCUUGUGUUAUGACAAUACAAAACCAUGUGAGCGUAUGAGAUGACUUAUUUUAUAAAGAAAACCUGGAGUGAA